GCGUGCGUGGGCGGGCGGGCGGGCGGCCUGCAGCCCGGGCAGCGGCGAGAGCUCGAGCGGACGGAGGGAGCGGCGGCCGCGGCGCCAGCGCAGCACCAUGCCGAAUAAAAGCAAGAAGGAGAAGGAGCCCAGCAAACCCGGCAAGAGUCCCAAGAGCGGCGGCAAGGAUGGCGCCGAGAACGCGGAAGAGGUCCAACAGCAGCCAGCUGCAAACAAGCGACCCAGUAACAGUGCUCCUCCUCAAACUCAACUCAACAAAAUCAAGUAUUCUGGAGGACCACAGAUUGUAAAGAAGGAGAGACGCCAGAGUUCAUCCCGCUUCAACCUGGCUAAGAACAGAGAGCUUCAGAAACUGCCAGCACUUAAAGAUGCACAGGCUCACGAGAGAGAAGACCUGUUUGUUCAGAAGUUACGACAAUGCUGUGUUCUCUUUGACUUUGUCUCUGACCCUCUCAGUGACCUCAAAUACAAAGAGGUGAAAAGAGCAGGUUUGAACGAGAUGGUGGAAUACAUCACGCACAACCGGGAUGUGAUCACAGAAGCUAUUUACCCAGAGGCUGUUAUUAUGUUUUCAAUAAACCUAUUCAGGACAUUGCCACCUUCGUCUAACCCCACUGGGGCAGAAUUUGAUCCAGAGGAAGAUGAGCCCACACUUGAGGCUGCAUGGCCACAUCUACAGCUCGUCUAUGAAUUUUUCCUGCGAUUCCUUGAGUGUGCUGAUUUCCAACCAAAUGUAGCCAAGAAGUAUGUUGACCAGAAAUUUGUCCUGUCGUUACUGGAAUUAUUUGAUAGUGAGGAUCCAAGGGAGAGAGAUUUCCUGAAGACAAUCCUUCAUAGAAUCUACGGCAAGUUCCUGGGCUUGAGAGCUUACAUCCGGAGACAAAUCAAUAAUAUCUUUUACAGGUUUAUUUAUGAAACUGAACACCAUAAUGGAAUUGCAGAGCUUCUCGAGAUUUUGGGCAGUAUAAUCAAUGGGUUUGCAUUACCCUUAAAGGAAGAGCAUAAGAUGUUCCUGAUCAGAGUGUUGUUGCCAUUGCACAAGGUGAAGAGUCUCAGUGUGUACCACCCACAGCUGGCCUAUUGUGUGGUGCAGUUCCUUGAGAAAGACAGCAGCCUUACAGAGCCGGUGAUUGUAGGUUUGCUCAAGUUCUGGCCCAAAACACACAGUCCAAAGGAAGUGAUGUUUCUGAACGAACUGGAAGAAAUUCUAGAUGUCAUUGAGCCCUCAGAGUUUGUGAAAGUCAUGGAGCCACUGUUCCGGCAGCUCGCUAAGUGUGUCUCCAGCCCACACUUCCAGGUGGCAGAGCGAGCUCUGUAUUAUUGGAACAAUGAAUACAUCAUGAGUUUGAUCAGUGAUAAUGCUGCCAGGAUCCUCCCUAUAAUGUUCCCUGCACUCUACAAGAACUCCAAAAGUCACUGGAACAAGACAAUUCAUGGAUUGAUUUACAAUGCAUUGAAGCUGUUUAUGGAGAUGAAUCAGAAGCUGUUUGAUGAUUGCACUCAGCAGUACAAGGCAGAGAAACAGAAGGAGAAAUUUAAACUUAAAGAACGGGAAGAGAUCUGGCAAAAGAUCGAACAUUUGGCCCAACAUAAUCCUCAGUUUAACACAUACGUUGAGCCCUCAGAUGUCAACCCUGUGCUCUCUAUGGAGACAGAGACUCCCACGGCCGAGGAUAUCCAACUGCUGAAGAAGGCUGUGGAAACUGAGGCUGUCCAGGUGAAGAAGGACAUAAAGAAGGAGAAGACCCUGCUGCGCCGCAAGUCCGACCUGCCCCAGGAUGUGUACACUAUAAAGGCCCUCGAAGCGCACAAACGGCCAGAGGAGUUCCUCAGCUCGAACCAGGAGGCGCUCUGACGUGCAGCACCUGCACACCCCCCUCACAAUCCCCUGGCACCAGGAUGUGAGCAGACACCGUCUGUCGUGUAAAGCAUAGAAUGAACUGUUGAUCAGUGUUUAUGUAAAGCUGUGUCCUUCCCUUUUGUAACCAGCUUCUUUUAUGUUUUUCCUCCUUUGCUGCUGUUUCUUGCCUUGGUCUUAGACACCUUUCCCAGUAACCACCUUGGUCUGCUUCUGUCUGCCCUGGAAGUGAGUUGGGCUUCUGUGGCAUUCUCGAAAAGCCACGGCUGACAGCAGACUCCAAGUACCUGAAGGCAGUGGAACACAACUGCUGCAUGUUUCUGAGAGAAAGCCUCAGCUCGUCCGGUCUCUGGCCCGCACUGUCCAUUGUCCUGAGUGGCUCUGUCCAGCCUGCACUGUCCCAAGUGGCUGUGGUCUUCCUGCACCCUUUGACCAGUCAGCUGGACACCUCUGAGCUUUUUGUGGUCUCAGCGGCCAUUCUCCCUUAAAGGGGGGAGCUGCAUAUCAUGGGAACUGGAAUCACUGUAAGGAUGAGCCUAGGUUUGUACAGUUGAUACAGAGUGCCUGGCAGAGCUGGGUGCUCUUUGGAUUUCCCCUCUCUGCUGAUGUUGUGGUCUAAUUCUACAGGUGUUUGGUGUCCUGCAGUCACUGUACGUGUGAGGUUGGCCAUCGGAUGUCAGUCUGUCCCUGCCCAACACUGCACUUUCUGGAACAGCAAGCAGGCAUCCCACCCAAAUAACAGAGGGAGCUGAAGCUCACGGUUUCUGCCCAAGCUCAGCCCCAGUUGAUAUCCACUAACUAGGCAUAGAGGGGCUUUAAUUUGUCUGUAAGUCUUGCAUCCCCCCACCAAGUAGUGCAGCUAAUCUGUCUGAACAGUGGGUGGUUUCACUUGUCAAGGUGACAGUUUCUUGACUCCUGGUGUUGGGUCCAUUUCCCUGUCAUUUGUGGCUUUCCCUGCUGUGUGUGUUUUUAACCCUCCUUGUGCAAUCAACAGCGAUGUAACAUUCAAUGAAUGAUGGAUAUAUGAAUAUAACACCUAAACAGCUCAGUGCAGGACAGUAACUUCCUUCCUGCAGUGCUGUACUGUCAUGAUACCAGGCUGACCCCUAACGGAUGUGAACGGACGUAAAUGUCACAUUUUAUUGACCAAUCCUGAUAUGUAGAUUGUGCUGCAUUGCACUGAAGGUCAAGUUUCUACCGAGCUAUAGUGCACUGCCUGUCCCACUAACCAAACAAAAAUAGCUUUGGUAUUAUGUCCUUUUCUUAACAGAUUCAUGUAAAGUAUUAAGUGAGAAAGACCAUUUCAUUAAGUAACCGAGUUAGCCCCGGCGUAGAACAGAGAAGACAUAAUCUGUGUACAGCUCCCAAGCUGGUUGGGCCGGGUAGCAUGCAGAGAGUAAGAAGGGCAGUUGACUUCAUCCACAGCAGUCAGGCAUGCAGUGGUAUUUAGGAAGGUGAAACACCUUCCUAAAUAUUGUUCAUACGUGUGAAGCUAAUAAAAUGGAGCGUUGUGUUUCAGCUGCUAAAACUGAAUGAGAGUUCUGGUUUAUAUUUGGGGAGGUUGUGGGCAGAGGGGAUGUGGAGUCCUUUUCUCCAAGUCCCUCGCCCAAGGAUGGACAUCCAUGAUUCAUUUCCCUCCGCACUUCUUCCCAGGUACAGCGUCCCAUGGACGGUGACUGGCUGGUGGCAGGCAGCAAUGGGAACCCCUUCUCCUGGUUUUUUCCUCCUUUUUUCCCAGGUCAACAAAUAGCUGUCAGAUACUUUUCUCAUCUAUGUCCUGCCUUUCUGUAACCUGGACAAGCCUAUACCACAAGCAUACCCAUCCGUUCAACUGCAGGAAAAUAAAUACACUCAUCUCUUUGGUAUUGGGUCAGCAGGUACCAGGUGGAUAGGCUCUCUCCCUGACCUGGGCCGUUUCUAGCCUGGUCAUCAUUCAUUAUACAGAAGGUGUUUAUUAAAAUGCUGUCUGAAAUCAUUGUUCUGCCAGAAUGUAUCCAUGUUGACCCCAGUACCCACUGAGGACUUUGCACUGCUCCCCAGUGACACAAAAUUCCAGAAGCUGCUUGAGUCACCACGUUGUGGGUUCCAGGCCCACAUGGACCAGAGUGAGUGAUUGAGGCUGGUGUUUUGAUGAGUUUGUUGCAGUGACCAUGGAGCUGGAAGGCAGACAUAGUGCUGAGAAUGGUCUGCAGCCAUUGGAUGAUAUAUCCAGUCUCAUCUGCCCACUUGGAUGAGUCAGGGCACCAGGGAGCGCACAGAGAUCAGUGUCUUGUCCUGAGUUACUACUUCGAGCUCCACUGCCACCAGGAGGUGAGCCAGUCACACAGCUGCCAAUGGUCAGUGUCACUCCACCCAAUGCAAUGCUUGACUUACCCAAGUUCAUGGGGAAUUGAAGAAAUAUGUUACAUCUCCAAUGCAUAGACAGAUUGUCAAUUAAUUCUCCUGACUCGUCUUGUAAUGUAAAAUUAAGGUCCGGUUUCAAUGUUCAGAGGAUGUGAAUGAAACCUGUUUCCCACCUUCGUGAUUUGAAAACUGGAUCUGGAAGGAAGUGACCUCCGGGGUUGCAGAUGCCAAUCUAGGAGCAAGUGGGUGAGCACAGGACGGGGAACUUCUUUCUUCACCUGUUUUCAGGAUCAGGGCAUUACUGGCAAGGCUGGCAUUUAUUGCCCAGCCUUAACUGCAGAGUGGGCACAUGGGUGUGAUUACAGGAGGACAAGGGGGCAAAUGUCUUGCAGAAUGGGUGAACCGGUGCCAGGUGUAGGUACAGGCGGACAGGGACUGGCGGCGUGGAGUGUGGGUGAACUGGUUGGGGUGUGGGACCCAUCUGGGGGGUGGUUGUGACCCUGGGAGAGUCGGUGUCUCAGGGUCAGGGGAGCUCAGUGUUUAAUUUGGGAUGUAAAUCAAAGAGGAAAUUUGUUUUAAUUGGAAUCAUGAGUUUUGUAAUUACUGUCAGGCCGCACGUACCUGUUUGUAUAUACGCCCCUCUGUAUGAACCUGGCACAGGGUAGCCCCAGCACGUUACUGCAACUGCCUCUCUCCUCAGCUUCCAGCUCUCCUGUUCCACUCUGACCAGAACGAGGUGCGAGCUGUCCUUCGGCUUCCGAGUCCAGUCACACAGCUGAAACUGCCACAGCUGCCAGUGGUCAGUCUCACCCCACCCAAUGCAAUGCUUGACUUACCCAAGUUCAUUGGGAAUUAAAGAAAUAUGUUAUAUUUCCAGUGCAUAGACAGAUUGUCAAUUAGUUCUCCUGACUCGUCUUGUAAUGUAAAAUUAAGGUCCAGUCUUGUCCAGCGACCGUUUGUUCAAUGUUGCCCAUCUGUACUGUAUGUUGUAACACUGAGAGUUGGAAAAAAAGCUCUCCUGUCUCAUCCAGGUCUCCCCAACCUCCAAUACAGACCUCCUGCUCUGA